CUAAGCUCACACAGGCUGUUGGGUUGCUCCCUCUCUCAUCUCUAGUCUUCUUCCCCAUUCACCAACACAACCAGCAGCCACCUCCUCCUCUUCUUCCCCAACUUUCUGCUUGAUCUCCACCUCCACUGCCGCCCCGCCGCCCAAUCCACCACCACCGGCGGCGGCGGAGGUCAACGCCGGCCACCCUCGUCGACGCCCCCCCACAUCAGCUCAGGGGUGCAGUGCAGAGGAAGGAGGGCAAGUAGACAAGAAUCACCUUAUUGGUACCUGACGAAUUUACUCCAAGCUUUCCUGUGGUUGCCACAUGCUGGUCAGCCCCUCCAUCUCCUCUGGCUGCCUAGUUAGUGGUGGACAAGAUAAACAUGUUGAGCCUGAGUUGCUGUUGGGUUUUGGUGUGUGGAAGAAUCUACAGGCAUGAAUAGAGGUGCCAUUGUUCUGUGGAUUGAAUGUUGUGGUGCAGCUGGUUGCCUUGUUCCUCCUCUGCUGCUUGGUUUGUCUAACUGAUCGGCCCCUAGCUAGCUGGCCUUACAAUGGUGAACUGGGUCACCAUCUGUUCAUGGCGAUGGUUAGGAUGAUGGCAGUGGAAGGAUGAAGAAUGGCACUGCGCUGCUUGCCUGCUUGGCUACUAUUGUGCUAAAUAAGGAAUGUCAAGUGGCCUAGCACUUGUUUGCUCCUCACUGGUUGAGGGUGGCAGCCCACUCCUCUCACUGUGUGGGGCUUGACUAAUUGAGCUCAGGUGUGGCUAAGGUUUGACUCCUUGCUCAGAUGUGGCUCUCUUCAUCGUGGACACAGCGACGGGCAUUGGGGGUCGCUGGUGUGUUGCUGCUGCUGUCGAGGUAGGGUGGUGGAGGUGGAGGGAUGGUGCUGGGACUGGGUGUAGCCAACCAGCCAGCCAUGGGUAACAGCACCUCCAGGGUCGUUGGCUGCUUCGCACCAGCAGACAAGGCCGCCGGUGGCGGCGUCGGUUUGGAGUUCCUGCAGCCGCUGGACGAAGGACUCGGCCAUUCCUUCUGCUAUGUCCGCCCAGGGGCCAUCACUGACUCGCCGGCCAUCACGCCAUCCAACUCCGAGAGGUACACGCUCGACUCCUCCGUGCUGGAUUCGGAGACCCGCAGCGGGUCAUUCCGGCAGGAGGUUGUCGUUGUCGACGACCUGGCGGCGGCAGCCAUGGCCGGGUUGCAGAGGCCGAGCAAGAGUUUCUCGGAGACCACCUUCCGGACGAUCUCGGGGGCCUCCGUCAGCGCCAACCCGUCCUCGGCUCGGACAGGCAAUCUGUGUGUGUCCCUUGCUGCUGAUGUGCAGGAGCCUGCCGCCGCAUUCGAGAGCACCGCCUCUUUCGCCGCCGUUCCGUUGCAGCCGGUGCCACGGGGAUCAGGGCCGCUCAAUACCUUCUUGUCAGGGCCGCUUGAGAGAGGAUUUGCGUCGGGGCCGCUGGACAAAGGCGCUGGGUUCAUGUCUGGGCCACUGGAUAAAGGAGUCUUCAUGUCUGGUCCUAUUGACAGUGGCAACAAAAGCAACUUCUCGGCACCUCUUUCGUAUGGUCGGAGGAAGGCUGGUCUCGGACAGCUUGUACGUAGCAUUAGCAGACCGAUGAGAAGUGCGCUGUCAAGAACAUUUAGUAGGAGCUCACAAGGUACUGGUUGGGUCCAAAGAUUUCUGUUGCAUCCUAUGGCUCAACUGAGCUUGUCGAGGGAUGCAAAGGGCACUUCGGAAGAUUCACAUAAUGGGUUGGAAGCUGGGCUCCCUGAGCUUGAGUAUAGUGUAACAAGGAACCUGCAGUGGGCUCAUGGCAAGGCAGGAGAGGAUAGGGUUCAUGUUGUCCUCUCUGAAGAGCAAGGGUGGUUGUUUAUUGGAAUUUAUGAUGGUUUUAGCGGUCCGGAUGCACCGGACUUCUUAAUGAGCAAUCUAUACAAGGCCAUUGAUAAAGAGCUGGAAGGACUGCUCUGGGUUUAUGAAGACAGUCCUGAAGGGAGUGCUCAAGUAUCUACUCUUGGAGAGGGUGAAUCCGUUGCAGUUCCUCAGGACCUGCCUGAUGGAGGUGACAUUCUGUUCCAAGCUGAUAGUGUUGAAUCAGAACAACUUGUUAAUUCUGAGGAACAAGAUGUAUCCAAUGUGAAGAUAAGUGAUGGGGGUGCUUCGCAAGUUCAGAUGGAUUUGAACACCAGUGGUCAGAGAGAUUUAGUGUUGCAGGCUUCAAGUAAUCAGAAGUUGAAUGCUGGUGAAAUAGUCGAGGAAAAGGUGGGGGCUGAUAUGGGGAAUAAUCUCCAGAGUACAGAGUCUUAUAACUCUGGUAGAGAUAUUUCAAAUACAGAUGUAAACACUAGCUUUGGUUGUACAUCAGAUGUAAACACUAGUACUUGUUGUAAUGAAGAUGUCAAAUCACCGAAAGAAAUCAGGAGCAGACGACUUUUUGAGCUACUUGAGAUGGAAUUGCUCGAAGAAUAUAAUAGAAAUGUUUCCAAAUUAUCACCAGAGGGAAUGAAAGGGAGGAGCAUAUUUAAUAUGCAGGCAGGAACUACAGAAGAAAGCUCUAGGGAUAUAGCCGAGCUCUCUAGGUCUUCAAUGGCAGCAACUGGAGAAUGUCUUGAUGAUUUUGAGAAUGAUAAACAUUCAAGAUCAGGUGACGGUGUGCUUGGGGUAGAUCCAAAAGAGUGUAAUGAAUGCUCAAUUUCAUCAUCGUCAUCAGGGCACAAACAAAUUCUGAGAAGAUAUUUGUUUGGGUCAAAGCUGAGGAAGAUGUACAAGAAGCAAAAAUUGUUGCAGAAGAAGUUUUUCCCUUGGAACUAUGAUUGGCAUAGAGACCAACCUCAUGUUGAUGAAAGUGUUAUCAAACCUUCUGAAGUUACUAGGAGAUGCAAAUCAGGACCAGUAGACCACGAUGCUGUAUUGAGGGCAAUGUCACGGGCGCUUGAAAACACUGAGGAAGCAUACAUGGACGUAGUGGAAAGGGAGCUUGAUAAAAAUCCUGAGCUCGCGUUGAUGGGUUCAUGUGUGCUUGUGAUGUUGAUGAAAGAUCAGGAUGUAUAUGUUAUGAAUCUUGGAGAUAGCCGAGUUGUCUUGGCACAAGAUAAUGAGCAAUACAAUAACUCAAGCUUCUUAAAGGGUGAUUUAAGACAUCGUAACAGGUCAAGGGAGUCACUUGUUCGUGUUGAACUUGAUAGGAUAUCUGAGGAGUCACCAAUGCAUAAUCCUAAUAGCCACCUAAGCAGCAACACAAAAACUAAGGAAUUGACUAUUUGUAAAUUAAAGAUGAGAGCAGUUCAACUAUCGACUGAUCAUAGUACAAGUGUUGAGGAGGAAGUCUCGAGGAUUAGGGCAGAACAUCCUGACGACCCUCAAUCUGUAUUUAAUGACAGGGUGAAAGGACAGUUGAAGGUUACAAGAGCGUUUGGUGCAGGUUUUCUAAAGAAGCCAAAAUUUAAUGACAUACUACUUGAGAUGUUUCGCAUCGACUAUGUUGGAACAUCAUCAUAUAUCAGCUGCAACCCUGCUGUCCUUCACCACCGUCUUUGCUCAAAUGACCGGUUUCUUGUCCUGUCCUCAGAUGGACUGUAUCAAUAUUUCAGCAAUGAUGAGGUUGUUUCACAUGUUGCAUGGUUUAUGGAAAAUGUACCAGAGGGUGAUCCUGCUCAAUACCUUGUAGCCGAGCUGUUAUGCCGUGCAGCAAAAAAGAAUGGCAUGGACUUUCAUGAGUUGCUGGAUAUCCCUCAGGGUGAUCGCCGAAAAUACCAUGAUGAUGUUUCUGUUAUGGUAAUUUCCCUUGAAGGCAGAAUUUGGCGAUCUUCUGGUUGAGCAUCAAGAUGUGACUUGGGCGUGGGGGAUUGGAAUUUGUGCAUUACAACUGCUGCUGGAGCUGUCUGAUCUACAGGUUUUUUUUCAGCAUUACUCCAUCUGUUUGGGGGCAUAUGGCUGGUGGUUGUGCACUGUACAUCAGCAGCAGCAGCUGCCUUGUGCAUUUUGGUAGCCAUUCUCAAGCUUUCAUUCAUGUGCCAAUUUGACUGUUUAAUCUGUAAUGGUUUGUUUUUGCAAAAUGUCGCAUUAUUCAGAUGUUGCAGAAGGGAAUGUACAAAAGAGACACUUCCCUAUUUCUAAGGGAGCUUAAAAGCUUGAUCAUGAAUGAAUGAUCCAUGUUCUAUACUAUUCACUUGUCUUUCUGAGCUAAGAAUCCUUUGGAGUUGUUACUAGCUAGACAAAAAAAUGUACCGGCAGUGAGAUCUCUGCUAAAAAAUGUACCGGCAGUGAGUUGUUGGUUAGUAUGUUUUGUUAUCCGCUUCUCUAUAGGAUGGAAAACUGGAAAUGGAAAACUUCCUUUUCUUUUCUUUUUUUA